AGAAUAAGUCAACCUCUUUAACUGAUUGCCCGGUGAGCGUUAGCGUCCACCACUGCACUAUGUUCCGAGCCGUCUCCCGACUGUCGGCGACAGCGAGCCGGAAUCUGGUUCAGUCACGAGCCGGCUAUUCCGCUCCAUUGGCCUCUAGAUGUUACUCUCAUGGCAAAGUGGAGAGCGAUGAGGAGUUUGAUGCCCGUUGGGUCACUUACUUCAGCAAGCCCGACAUUGACGGCUGGGAACUGAGGAAAGGCAUGAACACCUUGAUUGGGUAUGAUCUGGUACCUGAGCCAAAGAUUGUGGAUUCUGCAUUGAGAGCUUGCCGGAGACUGAAUGACCUGGCCAGUGCCAUCCGCAUCCUUGAGGCUGUCAAAGACAAAGCAGGACCCCAUAAAGACAUCUAUCCCUAUCUGAUCCAAGAGCUCAGACCCACUCUGACAGAACUCGGCAUCUCAACGCCAGAAGAGCUGGGCAUUGACAGGAUGUAAAAGGUCAAGGUCAGGUGUGUAUGAAGAGAUGAGCUCUGCAGAUUCUCUCCUGUCAAAAAAUGUCUAUAUUGUUAAUUUAAUCCAUACUGUCCUGUUGUGUACAAAAUGGUGGACCUAAUAAAGAAAACCAAUAACUGGAA